CUGGGAAAAAAAAGAAAUGAUAAGAGUGUUGUAAAAAUUGCUUUGCAAAUGCAAUGUCUUAGUUUAAUUUGCUGGCUGUUCGGGAGCUCGUGCACGAUCUGGUCUUUUUUCUGUGCAAAUCAGUUUUAGUAGUUCUAUAAAUAGUAAUUUUUGUUAUUUGGGGAGGCAGAUCUAGCUUUGGAAUAAUUUGGAUUACUAUUCCCCUGGUUUCGAUUAAAUUCAAAUAACAUUGGCUUGACCCGGUGACGUCUCCAACCUGUGUGACAAGAGUGUUAAGACGGGGAUACCAGUGCCAGUUGGCAAGAAAAUUAAGUGUUGGUUGCUGAAUGUUACAGGGUGGCUAAAUGGAAUAGAACAGAUGCCGGAUAAAUGAGUGGCAUGGAAAGCUGGCGCUGCUGCUGCUGCAUGUGUAGUUGUCAGAAUAUAGUGCCUACGCUACUCGUCGAUUGCCUAUGAAAGUGCCGGACGCUCGUGUACGUACAGUGAGAGCACAAGAAUGCGAAGUAUCAGGAGCACAUAAUUCAGCAAGCUCACAUCCGCUAUGAACGGGUUACUCAAACGAAAAUAUGAUGAGGUUGAUGAGGAUCCCUGCUACUCUUCUUCUCCCUCAUCCUCCUCUUCUUCUGCAUCUUCUGGUGGGUGGGACUCUGAUGAGGAGAGUUCUAGUUCAGAGGCCCUGGAUUCUAGGUCAAGCAUCCCCAGUACUUAUUUACGCACUAAAUCCAUCCUGAAGACCACCAAACGAAGAAGACGGUGCAAUGUGAAGUUUGACCAGGUCAUAGUAUUCUUCUUCCCACGUUGUCAGGGAUUUACUAGUGUGCCAAGCCGAGGGGGCUGUACCUUGGGAAUGGUGAAACAGCAUAGCAUGUGUCGGCAGUACACACUGGAUGAAUUUGCCCAGGAACAGCUGCAUCAACGACGUGAAAAGCUGAAGGAACGACUUAAGGAGGAGAAAGUAGAAGCUCUGAGACAGAAGCUCACCAAAAAUGGAACUAGACAGUGUGAAGAAGCUGAUCGUCUCACCACAGAUGAUAUACCUGAAGAUGAUAUUGACAUUACUGGGAUUGACCUUGAGGAGGCCUGUUUUCUUCACCCUUAUCCAUCCAAAAAAAGGCAUGCACUGUUGAAAACUGCAGGGGUAAAGAAGAUAGACAAAGAAGAAAAGCGUGAACUUCAUGCAAUCAGAGUUUCCCGUGAGGAUUGUGGGUGUAGCUGCCAGGGAUUCUGUGAACCUGAGACCUGCAGCUGCAGUAUUGCAGGGAUCAAGUGCCAGAUGGAUCACUCCUCUUUCCCAUGUGGCUGCACCAAAGAUGGCUGUGGAAACACGGAGGGCCGGAUUGAAUUCAACUCAAGUCGGGUUCAAACUCACUACAUUCAUACCAUUAUGAAACUGGAACUGGAAAAAAGACUAGAUGAGAGUCAUGAUGCUAGUGAACCUUUUGGUAAACACUUACCUCAACAGCACAAUAGUUUUUUUGCUUGUCCAGUAGAUUCUAGCCAUGACACAACCAGCAGCCCACCCUUUCACUUCACUCCUGAGCUUGACGCCACUGGGGAUAAUAGUUGUAGCAGUGACAUGACUGACUCUUCAAGUUCAUCUGGUCAGAGUGAGGACUCUGAAAACCCUUGUGAAGCAAGCAGUCCUGAUCCCGAGAAACCACAAUCGGAUGUUGAUGACAAUGGGCUGGCCAGGAUUCUAAGUUUCAAUGACUCGGACAAUGAUGAUUGCAGUAGUUCUCGCAGCACAAAUGGUGAACAACAGCAAAAAGUAAAUCUCCGCUCCUUCAGCUCCUCAGACUUUUUGAAUGAUAAUAUCCCAGAAGGGACUUUCUCAGUCAAUAAUGGUGGGCAGACUGACAAUCAUGUAUCCUGUGUAUCUGAUUACUUAGAUGAAAAUGCCAAUCAAGACUCUGCAUUAUUUCACAGUAGUGAUUCAAGUCAAAAUAAUUCUAGUGCCCCUGCUUCCUCAGAUGAUCACGCUACCAAAAGCUAUAUGGACCUCAGUCUUUCCUCAGACUCUGAUUUAGAAUUUUUUCAUAGUUUUCCGGACUAUAGCCCUAGCCCCCUUUAUAACUGUGUGAGAGAGUGUGAAAAUCUGGACAGCUAUUUUCAGUUUCAGUUCCCCAGUUUUCCCAGUUUUCCCCAGGCUAGUGAUCAAGGAACCUGCUUCCUGGAAUCAUUGAUUGGCUUAUCAGAAUCUGUCCCUGAACCGCCGGCUGCUUUUACUGACAAUCUUCUUCUAGAGGAAGCCAUCAAAUCACCCAUGAUGGAAUCUGUGAAGGUUUAAAAAUAAAAAUGCUUGAUAUAUCUUUAUAAUGGAAAAAAUGUAAAUAAUUUACAACUGUAAAUGUAUUUUUCAUGCAAACAUUAAUUUAAAAAAAAGCUGUGAUUGUUUUUUUUUGUUUUUUGUUUUUUUUUUGUUUUAUGAAUUUUGUUUUUGGUCCUUUAAAGAAAUCAAUAAUAAACUCCACACCAUUGGUGCAGUUGCACACCGAGGCAGCUAAUAUUCAUAUUGUCAUGGAUUUUUGACCCUUUAAGUUUCAGGUAAUUGGUUACGGCAAAUUCAUUUCCUAUAACUAGAGUUAUGAACUCUACAAUGAAACACUUCAAUUAAGGUAUGAAAUUAUUACUACCACUCAUUAUUUUAAUAUUUAUUUAAUUAAAACGUUUAAAUGUUUUAUUUGAUUCAUUGUCAACAUGCGAACAGCAUGCUUGAAAGGAAUCUUUUUAAUAUUAUGACCAUAAACUGUUAUUUUGCUGUUUAUUACUAGGUGAUAAAAACUUUUUUUUUGGUAGAUCCUUAUAUCCUUUCUAUCCAUUUUUAAUUUAUUCAUGCAAUGAAAUGUUUAGCAUGACUGGAAAGUAUUUAAAAGGUAAAAUCUAAACAGAUACCUGAAGCAAAUCCAAAAUGGUCUUUUAUAAUCUUAUGAUAUAUGCACAUACUCGCAUAUCCCUGUUUUUGGCUGUGAAAUAUCAAUUGCAAAGCUGCUGGAGUUUUAAAAGAAAAGUGAGCAAAUCUGCUCUGAUGUCAUAUCGAAAUGUUUAUUUAGUACACUAUGCAUAUGCUAAACUUUGUAUUUAUUUUGUGCAACGUUUUUCUUCAGAAGGUUAAGAAUUUAAAAAAUAUAAAUGUAACUGUAAUACCUCAAGUAUUACACAUGUAUUUUUGCUAUUUAUUUUGUACAUCUGAAUUUAUUUAUUUUUAAACAGUACACAGAAAAAGAAUAAAAUUUAGUAGCACUGUGGUUUUUGUAAUUUGAAACUGAAAGUGCAAUCUGCUCUUGUAACAGCACUGGUCCAAGUCUAAUUAAUCACUUGCAUUGGUGGAGUACGGUGGGUUGUUGGAGUUCAGCUGGUGGAGGUGGAGGUAGUCAUCAGGGAGUCUGGGCUGGCAGUGUCUCAGGCAGGAGCUCAAAAUGUAAUUUGAAUACAUUGAACCAUUUCUGUUUUCCUUUGUUAUUUCUUUUUUUAAAUUAUUGGCUUCUAAUUUAUUUUAAAUAAAUUCAAAGUGGGGUCAUUCAAGUAUCUGCAGCUCAUUUUUGUUUUAUUUUUUAUGCAGAGAAAUCGUAUAAAAUUUUCAUAAGCAAUCACUUUAAAACUUUAAUUAUUUUUUACAAGGGACUUGGAACUGUGUAAUAUAGUCCUAAUAAUUUGCCUUUUUGAUUGCAAAAAACAAUUUUAAAAGCUAUGUGGCUUUAUUACCUAUAUUUUAUAAGUUGCAAAAGUAAAAAAAAAAAUCCAUAUUUCAAAAAAAGAGACUAUUUUAGAAGGAAAUUAGUUUAUUACCUUUUUAAAAUAUCCUCGAUUAUUAAAAGUAAAAAUUAUUGAGCAAAUUCUGAAGCGGAUUUAUUAUACAUCUUUUUUUUAUUGUAAUGAAGGUUGUUUGCUGUUCUGCAGUUCAUUUUUUUUUUUUAACUGAAUUCUUACAAAAAUUGAGAGACUUGAAACACUUGUUUGUGUAAAUAUCAUUUUUCAUUACAUUUGACCAUUUUUAUUAGGAGUUAUAAAUUCUUUACUAAAUGUCAACAGUAAUUUUCAAGAUGCCUCAAAUUUUGCACAGUGAAGUAUUUACCGUCUCGAUAAACCCCUAAGUAAGCCAUACCUGGAGAUGGACAUUUAAACACUUUCAAACCACUUUGUCAGACUAAUAAGUAAGAGAAAGCAUUACUACAUUUUUAUUUUUUAUUAUUUUUUUUUUUUUACAAAGGCAUUAUUUGUUUGGUUUUUUUUUUCUAGUUUCCAGUACAGUUUAUUUACACAUUCCCAGGUUUCCCUGUAUAUAAUUUAAUCCGCAAAACAAUCUUGGAAGUAAAAUUGCCUUGCUUUUUUAUUUUUUUUUUUUUCUAUUGUGCCAUCCAGAAAACAAAAUUUGUAAAUAAGUUGCCUUUUAUUGUAUAAAAUAUUGCUUGUUGCAAAGAAAAUAACCUGGGUAUUUAUUAAUGUAAUCUAUAAUUGUAUCUAUUGAUCCAAUGCUAUUGUUCUUUCACAAUGUCUUUAUUUCUGCCUCUUUUUUUGUGCUUUAAAGGUACUGCGGAGCAAAAAAAAAGUUGGUUUUUACUUUUUUGUUGUAAAAAUAAAAUUCUGUUUAUAAGGCUCUUUGCAUUUCAUCCAAGCAAUAGGAAGACAUUUUUAUUACUGCUAAUAAAAUAAUAAAAUGA